UGGCCGAAACACAAUUUGUAGUUACUAAAACCCCCUUGAGUUAAUUCCAUAAAAUUAUAGCACAAAUGGGUGCAAUGAGGGGCGUUAGCAUUGUGGCUUUUCUAGUAAUUGGCGUGUGGGUGAUUGCUUCAGAAAGCGGUCGUGUGGCCAGGAAGGACUUGGGCGUCGACCUUGGAGGGGUUGGCAUCGGCGUCGGAACGGGAGUCGGCUUGGGCGGUGCCAGUGGCUCGGGAGCCGGAGCUGGCUCUGGCUCUGGAUCUUCUUCCUCAUCACACUCCUCCUCCUCCUCCUCCUCAGGCUCCGGCGGGUCCGGGUCCGGGUCCAGCGCAGGGUCCGAUGCUGGUUCCUACGCUGGCUCUCGGGGAGGCUCGGGGUCUGGUGGAAGUGGGAACGGCGGUGGAUCCGGGGGCGGAUACGGCCAGGGUCAUGGUUCUGGCGGUGGCGGCGGCGGCGGAAACUAGCAUCUCAAGCCAUUUCAUAAUAGAAUUGGAUGAGGAUGAAUAAAGCCUAGAUGAUGAUGAAGAUGAAUCCUCAUUCCUUGCUUUCAUCUAGUUUGAAUGGGAUCUGUUUGUCUAAGGGAUUAGGAAUAUAUAUAAAAUAAAUAUUACGAGUAUUCAAUAAAACGUUGCUGCCAAAUCUGUCGCUCAUCUUUGAGAUAAAAA